UCACUCCCCUGUGUCUCCCUCUGCCAUAAACAUGGGCACUUUUGUUUCUUGGCGAACUGAUCUGGCUGCUGUAACCUUAGCGAUAUUCUGUAUAAUUCAUUAGCCUGUCGUGCGGAAAACAUGGAGGAGGUAAGAUGUUUCAUUACUGUGUUGGUGCUCCGUUUGUUUUUUCCUGCAAAUGUCUAAGCUUGUACUCUUGCAGGAUUUUAUUCCUGCUCUUCACCAGUGUCUCGGCAUGUCUGAGGGGGCAGAGUUUUCCUCUGAAGACAUUAGUCUUCUCUUCUGCAAAGUGUUUCAUGUGCCCUCAAGCAGAAGUGACGCUGAUGCAGCCAUGAAAAAGGUUGCAGGAGGACACAAAAGCUGGUCCUGUACUAGUGCAAAUGUUUUGGAUGUGCUCCUUGAAAUGGAAAGGGCAAAGGAAAAGAACGAAAUGCUUUACUGGGACUGUCAGCUUCUUAAUAGUGGAAAUCUUCAUCAGCUGUUGCAAAAGCUACCCCAAAGAAAUGACUCAGAAGUUUUAAGAAAUGCUUUUAACUCUGUGUCAGGACUCCCACAGCCACAAACAGCUGAAAUAGACAUUUUCCAGAGAGAGAAAGUGCUGGAAAAAAAGCAGCUCUGCCAAACAGCCACAAGCUUGAAGAGGCUCCAAAAAGCCGUCAAGCAGUGCUGGGCCAGACUGGCAUCAGAGGGUGUUAGCAGCCUUUUGCCCUCCCCCUUGUGUAACCAAAGGUUGGGCCUCAAGGGUCAGACAUGGGGCUCUGUCUCCUUGUCGGAUGUCAUCCUUCUAGUGGAAGUGAAAUAUGAUGUGGUGACUCACUUGCUUUACACAGAAAUGCUUCAGGAGCACUACACCCAGAGUGUUUGGGAGAUGCUGCUUCCCUGGCAACAGAGAAAGGAAGUGGAGGCACUGGAAACUAUGGCAGAGGAAGUUUUGCAGUCUGCUGACAUGCUGGGCUUGGUUUUCCUCCCUGGAGCGUUCAGGAUAUACAAAACAAGAUGUUCUGAGUUAAGAGAGGAAUCAUGUUCAGCUGUUGCUCUCCUGAAUCAGUUGCAGACUUUUUGUCAAGGAGAACAAAAUCAGCUGACACUCCUGGGUCAGAGACUGUGUGACAAAAGUUUGAGGCUUUUGUGUCUCCAUGUCCUUCUGGCGAUUUACAGAGCUCAGAGGGAAAAACAAUCUCACAGCGCUCUGCUGGCAUCUCAUCAAUCCUGGGAAUCAUGGCCACAGGUUCUCAGUCCAUGUAGAGCAGAAUAUGUCACUCUACUGCUACAGAAUGAUGACAAAGGAGAGGAAGGAAAGGAGGACUUUGAGACAACAGACCAGAGGACAGAGCUACAGCUACUUGUGCUGACUCAGGAAAAGGAGAGGAAGCAUCUGCUCACGUUGCUGCACAGGAUCUCCCUAGAGGAUUUACAAGAGGCAGGCUGCGCAAUACCUCCAAAAGAUAAUGGUGGAUUUGAUGCUGACCAAAUCUCCUUGAGGGCUGGAUGUAUAAAACGACUAAAACAAAUCCAUGCUCAGCUCCAGACACAGAAUGGAAGCGAGAACAACUCAAAGCAAGCCAGCAUUCAGAUGGACAUGCAGGGAAAAUGGUCACAGUCUCUAGUGGAGGACUGCAACCUGCUCCUUCUGAUGCAACUGAUGAAGGUUCAGGAGAGCGAAACUUUAGCAUUGCUGCAAGUGCUCCUACACCGGGAUUCACAGGCUGCCCAAGCUCUGAGAGAAAAAUAUAAAGCUGAAUUACAAACCCAGCGCUUCCCCAACCUGCUCCAUCUCCUGAUGUCAGAUGAUCCUCUAAUCCCUGGCUCUAUGUUGGCUGAACACAUCAACAAUGAGCUGGUCACACCUGAAUCAUCCUGCACAGGAGAAGUUGAAAACAUUUAUGCUGAAUCAGUUCCCACUACAACUACUGACUUAACUAAUGAACCCAGCAGGGAACGUUUGGAAGUCCCAACUGCUGGAGGUUCUGCUAAACAGGAGGUCUGCUCAGGUUGUGGGGCGAUCAUGGAGGAGCUACCCUAUCUGGAGAUCCUGUGUGUGCCUGAUGCACAGGCCAAUGCUCCAACUCCAGAGGCUGGAGCAGGAAGGGAAGAAGACAUAAACACAAACCUUGAGAGUUUUGAUAAACAGGGAUCCUUGAUCCCCCUGGCUUGGAGCAAACCUCCUGAGGAUGAUGCAGACCGUAAGGCAGAGGAGGGAGAUGGAGAAGCUGAAAAGUAUCAGGACACCCUGAGCAGUCUAGGAACCCAAGGCCAGUCCACACAAUGUGAAGAGGCAGUUCAGAAGAGAGACAGCAAAGAGGUGGACACUCUGGCUCAGUAUGAUGCACAGUUUGCAGAUCAGCAGUUGAAAAAAGUAGAGAAUCCAAUCCCAGACCAACCAAGUGAAGGAGAAGCUGCAACUGAGAUUGAUCCAUGCUCACUUGCAGAAAACCUGCUGGAGGAACAGCCGCAUCUUUCUAGGGAUUCCUUCGGCUGUAUUGCUGAGGGAACAUCUGGUGACACAGUCAGCACCAGCAGAGAGAUGACCGAGUCUGAACGCUGGGACAGCAGAGGGUCAGAACUCUCUGAUAACGAGGAAAUGAUUCAUUCUCAAGAAUCGACAAUAGCAUCCAGUCUCUCUGGAAGAACCACAAUGUUGGAAACGGACCAAUUGGAACGGGACGAACUGAUGAGAGAUCAAGUGUCAGCAGUGGAAAGAGAGAGAACUAUGCGCAGCCUGGUGGACAUGCAAAAAAAGUUUGAACAGAAACACCAAAGAGACAAAGAGAGACAGAUGUUUAGGGUGAGAACCGUGAACAGAAAGACACUGAAAGUGCCUUUCAGACAAAAGAUGUGCACCAAUAUUGUUUUUCAGGUUCAGGAGCGUCUCUCCAUCAUCCUCAACAGAAAAGCAGAAGAAGACUUGCUUGGCCUUAAACGCACAGACAGACUAAAGCAUCUCACAGAAGAUCUACCGCUGGAGGACAAGACUCAGCAGAAGACUGUUGUUAAAGAGCGACUGGAGCAACUCAGAAGAGAGCGCUCCUACAUCAUGCAGUCAAAAAGAGACAGGAAUACGACAGGAUUUAAGGAACUUCUAGCACCUGUUGCUCUGAACGAGACAGAAGAUGAAGCAAGCUGAGAUACAGAUGGUUUAAGUUGUUUGGUCCCAUUGUUAUCACUGUUAAUGCAAAGUAUUAAAGAAAUAUUUCCA